AUGUCUUCCCUUCUAUUUUGGAACUGCAAAGGAGCUAGAAAGAGGGAAGCUGCUCUGUAUUUGAAAGAAGUGGUUAAAGAUCAGGAUGUUUUUUUCAUUGGCCUUAUGGAAACUAAGAUAAGUAAUAUCAAUAGGAUGGAUGUUGAUGUUCUUAUUGGUAAAGAAUGGGAUUUCUAUCAUUUCCCUUCGGUUGGACUCUCAGGUGGCAUUUUAGUUUUAUGGAAUUCAAAGAUUGGGAACUUUGUGAUUACUAAGACUUCUUCUCAGGUGAUUGUCGGAGACUUAUUUAUCCCUAGAUUGGGAUUUUGGAGAAUUGCUACCGUAUAUGGUAGUAGAUGCUGUAAGGAGCGUGAAACUUUAUGGAGCUUGCUGGAUAAAUGUAUGGUAAGGUCAAUUCCUUCCAUCAUUGGCGGAGACUUCAAUUGUGUGCUUAACAAAGAUGAAAAAAGAGGAGGCAAACGGUUCCAUUUUACCAAAGGACCUAGAGACAUGAAGAACUUUAUGACUAGUUGUGACUUUCACGAUGUGGUUAUUAUUGGACCAAGAUAUACUUGGUGUAAUAAUAAAGUAGGGAAUUCCAGGAUUUGGGAGCGGCUUGAUAGAUGUUUAUUGAAUUCUACAGCCUUGAAAUUACUUCCUACAGCUGCCACUAGGCAUCUUGCUAGGGUGGCUUCGGACCACAAUCCUAUUACAUUCAAGGUUAAUGAUAAGGAACGUGCAAGGACUAAAAUCAUAAGAUUUGAAGAUACUUGA